GACAUAUCAACCAAUAAGAAACCGUAUCAGAACAAUUCUAUGAAGGCCCUUCACUGAGGAAUCCAAUGAACAUCGAGGGAGGGCGGGACGUGCUUGCGACGCUGCUUGCUGCCGGGGAAACGGAGUUCUGAGGGUGUACGGAAUUGUGCCGGUGGACGAGAAACUCCCGCCAUUUCGACAAGGAAUUUAACCUCUUGAUUGAUCCAAGUUACUUUUUCGUAACACUUGCUAAUUAUCUUAUCUGACAACAAGAAGCUCAGACAGUACGAACAUGCAGCAAAUACAAUUGAUUAAACGAGAACAGGCCUAGUUUGCAAAGACUUGGGAUUGUACAACGCGCCAGACCUACUGCUGAACUGAGCUGUGGCUGUUGCCGCGAGUUUGAUUUCGGUGUGGUUUGCAUCUUUACAUGUUCAUCCGGAGAAGCUAAAAGUUUACUAACUAUACCGAGAGACAAGUCCGGCAACCUGUUUUACAUCUAAGACAUUGCGUAAAACCAGCAUGACACCACUACUAGAGGAGAGAAGAAGGAUGCGAUGAGGCGGGUGGCAAGAAGCGGACUGUUAUUGUUUUGCAACGAGAUAGCAAUCCAUCCUACUAGCUAACGUUAGUCAGCUAGCUAGCUGCUACACGUUGAGUGCCGGGCCUGCCGGCGGGAACGUGAGACGUGCUAAGAUAUUUCGGGACACUUGCAUACAUGCUAAGGACAUAUUAUUGUAUGCUAUUGUGCUAGUUUAUUGCUAGAAGAUUUCAUUUUACCAUUGGCACCCGUGCCAUCUGUGGAUUUGAGAUGGCACCGCUUCUAGGCCGGAAACCUUACCCACUGGCUAAGCCGCUAGCCGAGCCACCAGGCCCGGGAGAAGAGGUCUACAUCAUCGAGCACACCAAGGAGGCCUUCAGGAACAAAGAAGAGUAUGAGGCACGCGUGCAGAGGUACAAUGAGCGCAUCUGGACAUGCAAGAGCACUGGAAGCAACCAGCUCACACAUAAAGAAGCAUGGGAGGAGGAACAAGAAGUCACCGAACUGCUUCAGGAGGAGUAUCCCCUGUGGUUUGAGAAGCCGGUCCUGGAGAUGGUCCACCACAACACGGUGUCUUUAGACAAACUGGUUGAAAUGGCCUGGAUGGAAAUCCUUACCAAGUAUGCUGUGGAUGAAGAGUGUGACUUCCUGGUGGGGAAGGACAAAAGUUUACAAGUAAAGGUGGUGAAGAUCCAUCCCCUAGAAAACCCAGAGGGCGAGAUGGGAGAGAAGAAGCUUGAAGGUGCCUGUGAUUCUCCAUCUAGCGACAAGGAGAAUGCAAGUCAGGAGAACCAGAGGAAGGAACCUCCUCCCAGAGAGGAGGAGAACAGGAGGGAGAGUCUCAGUGACAGAGCACGACGUUCACCAAGGAAACUUCCCAAUGCCAUGAAGGAAGAAAAGAAGAAAUGGGUGAUGCCCAAAUUCCUUCCUCAUAAGUAUGACGUGAAGCUUGUCAACGAGGAUAAGGUGAUAAGUGAUGUCCCAGCAGACAGUCUUAACAGAACGGAGCGCCCUCCAACCAAGGAGAUCAUACGCUACUUUAUCAGGCACUAUGCUCUGAGGCUGGGCAUGGGAGAGAGUGCUCCCUGGGUGGUUGAAGAUGAACUGGUGAAAAAAUUUAACUUGCCCAGCAAAUUCAGUGACUUUCUUCUUGAUCCACACAAGUUUUUAGCAGAGAAUCCCUCUGCAAAGCGUAAGAGCUUGUCAUCUCCAGAGGGUAAACCUAACAAGAGGCUCAAGACCCCUGACACCCCAGGAGACGAUUCAGGAAAUGAGAAGGGAGAAAAGAAAAGGAAAAAGAAGAGAGACUCUUUAGGCAUGCCCCUUAGUCCAACCAUUUGGGGCCACAUGCAGAAAAUAAAAAUGAAUGGCUCCCCUCUCAAGAUGAAGAACUCGGGAACUCCAAAGAAAGGAGAAGGCAAAGGGUCGGCUCCCUCCACUCCAAAAUCGGGCAGGAAGUCCGGGGACAAAAAAGAAGGAAAGAAAAGUGGAAAGAGCGGUGAUAAGAAGCUCAACGUCCUCAAAGCUUCUAAAAAGGACGAUAAAGCUGGUGCUAAGACACCGAAGAUGAAGCAGAUGACUCUGCUGCAUCUGGCUAAGAGCACGUCUGCCGGGAGCCCAAAGAAGAGGGCCCGUAGUACCAGCAUGGGUACGCCUAAACUGGGGAAGCCACUGCACCCUAUGGCUCUCCACCUUCUUCGUUACUAUAAGGAAAACAAGGGCAAAGAGGACAAAAAGAACUCCCUUUCCGGCCUCAUCUCCAAGGCUGCAAAGACCUUGUCCCCAGAUGAUCGGGGCCGGCUGCCAGAGGAGCUCAAGGAGCUGGUGCAGAAACGCUGGGAGCUACUGGAGCAAAAGAAGCGCUGGGCAGCCAUGAGUGAAGAGGAAAAGCAGGAAGAGACGAGGAAAAGGCGCGAGGAAGUCAAAGAGAAACUUCGAGAAAAGGCCAAGGAGAGGCGUGAGAAGGAGAUGCUUGUCCGCCGAGAACAAUCGCGCCGAUACGAGGACCAGGAGAUUGAAGGUGGCAAGACCCUGCCGACGUUCAAGCUUGUAGACAUGCCCGAGGGGCUGCCCAACACCCUCUUUGGUGACGUGGCUAUGGUCGUGGACUUCCUCCACUGCUAUGCAGGGCUGCUGAUGCCAGAUGACCAGUACCCCAUCACAGCUGGGGCUCUGAUGGAGGCCCUGGCCGGGGAGCGAUCGGGCUUCCUCUACCUGAACCGCGUGCUGGUGGUGCUGCUUCAGACGCUGCUGCAGGACGAGCUGGCAGAAGGCUACAGUGAGCUUGAUAUGCCCUUAUCUGAGAUCCCCCUGACCAUGCACUCAGUGUCAGAGCUGGCACGGUUGUGCCUGCGACCAUGUGACGCCCAUGGUGAGGAGAGCGCCCGGGGCUCAGUGGACUCUGGGGCUUUGGGUGGCUUUGAUGAUGUGGUGACCAGUGAGUUCUUGGAGAAACUUGAGACAAUUGAGGUGUUUGAGCUGAGCCCCGAAGAGAAGGUCAGCCUGCUGGUGGCAAUGUGCCACCGCAUACUCAUGACGUACUCUGUUGAAGACCAUGUCGAUGCAAUGCAUCAACGGUCCGCUGAGGUGUGGAAGGAGCGUCUGGCAAUGCUGAAAGAAGUCAAUGACCGCAAGAGGGCAGAGAAGCAGAUGCGAAAGGAGAUGGAGGGCAAAGGCGAAAAAAAGAAAGAAGGGGGUGCUAAGAAGGAGAACAAAAAAGAAGUAAAGGUGGAGCCGGAGCCAGAGGACAUGAUCAGCUCGGUGAAGAGCCGGCGGCUGAUGUCCAUGCAGGCCAAGAAGGAGAAGGAGGAGAUGGACAGACAGAACAAAGAGCGCAUGGAGAAGGAGGCUGAAGAGGAGCGGAUGCGUAAACAGAGGGCUGCUGUAGAAAGGGCCUUUCAGGAUGGUAUAACCAAAGCCAGACUUGUCAUGCGCAGGACCCCACUGGGUACCGACAGAACUCACAACAGAUACUGGCUUUUCUCUGACGUGGUCCCUGGUCUGUACAUUGAGAAAGGCUGGGUGCAUGAAAGCAUCGACUACAGCUUCACCCCUCCACCGGAGGACAAACCACCUGAGCCCGAGGUGGAAGAGGAAGAGGAUGGCGAGUCGGCCGCUGUUCAUGAUUCACAAGGAGCUGAAAAGGAUGAGGGCAGCAUAGAUGGUGCUAUUUGUGAGGGAGCCCAGCAGGGGGCAGCACCAGACAUCUGUAUAGAAACUACUGUUCCCAAGCAGGGACAGAACCUCUGGUUUGUAUGUGAAAGCACAGCUGAGCUGGAGGAACUAGUGGAAAGUCUUCAUCCUCAGGGGGUUAGAGAGAGUGAACUGAAAGCGAAGAUACAAAGCAGGUACCAGGACAUCCUCCACUCUGUCCAUCUGACCCGUAAAAGCAAAAUGGCCCUUAGGACCUGUGAUGGCUAUGCAGAGCUGCUCAAUUACCUGCGCAGUGACAUCCAGGAGGUAGCCUCAAGACUCCAGAAGGGAGGCCUGGGAUACCUCGAUGACAACAUAGACAUUGAAGAUCAGUUGAAAGACAUGGAGAGCUUGAAAGACUUUGGCGAAUGCAUCAUCACCAUUCAGGCCUGUGUAAUCAAAAAGUUCCUGCAGGGAUUCAUGGCCCCCAAGCAGAAAAAGAAGAAAAAGCAAGGAGGGGAGGAAAGCAGCAAGGCUGAGGAGGUGGACGAGGAGAAGAGACUGGCAGAAGAGGCUAGGGUGGCGACAGCGGUAGAGAAGUGGAAGACUGCCAUCCGAGAGGCCCAGACCUUUUCCCGCAUGCACGUCCUGCUGGGAAUGUUGGACGCGUGCAUAAAGUGGGACAUGUCUGCCGAGAACGCUCGCUGCAAAGUCUGUCGCAGGAAAGUGCUCAGGCAGAGCCCAUCUGUGCUGAAGCUGAUGGAGUCUAGACCAAGAUCCAAACAGGGCAGCAGCGGCAGGCUCAGAGCAGGGCAGACUAGUAGUGUAAGGCAGGUCUUCAUACAGAGCCGGCAGAUCCACAGGCCAACAGGUGACGAUGAGAAACUCAUCCUUUGUGAUGAGUGCAACAAGGCCUUCCACCUGUUCUGUCUGCGCCCGGCCCUGUACCGCAUUCCUGACGGAGAGUGGCUGUGCCCGGCCUGCCAGCCCACUGUGGCCAGACGCGGCUCCCGUUCAAGGAACUACAACCAAGACACAGAUGAUGAAGAAGAGGAUGAGGAGGAGUCUGAAGAGGAGGAGUCCGAGGAAGAUGAAGAGGACGAGGAAGAGAACGACUACAAAGCCAUGGGUCACAGCUUGAGACCAAGGAAGAAAAAUAAGCAGUCUCCGUCUCGGCAGAAAAGUUCAAAAAGUAAACCCAAGAAGCAGUCGUCUUCGAGUAGUCAGAGCAGCAAACAGAGGACUGGCCCCAACAGCCCUGCAGACAUCGAUGAACUGGUGCGACAGAGUUCCCUAUCAGGAGUGCGCAGGCAGGCAGUGGAACUGGAGCGGUGCGAGGAAAUCCUCAAGAAACUGAUGAAAUUCCGCUACAGCUGGCCUUUCAGGGAGCCUGUGUCCACGGAGGAGGCCGAGGACUACCUGGACAUCAUCUCCCAGCCCAUGGAUUUCCAGACAAUGCUGGGGAAGUUCAGCCAGGGCUUGUAUCGCCACGGCCAGGAUUUCCUGGAAGACCUGAAACUAGUCUUCUCCAACGCAGAGGAGUACAACCAGCAGGGCAGCAGUGUCCUCUCCUGCAUGGUCAAGACAGAGCAGUCGUUCAUUGAGCUGCUCCAAAAGCUGCUGCCUGGCCUCAGCUACCUCCGCCGGCGGUCACGCAAACGCGUCAGCCGAGCCCCUGCAACAUCUGAGGAAGAAGAAGAAGAAGAGGAGGAGGAGGAUGAAGAGGAACCGAAGAAGAAGAUUCAGAAUGGCAAAUCGAACAAGAAGAAAACCAGAAAUGUUCAGGGACGAAGGGAAGAGGAGAGCGAGAGUGAGGAGGAGGAUGAUGAUGAUGAUGACGACGAUGAUGAUGGCAGGAGGAGAAGUAAGCGGACCUCUACCACCUCAGGCAAGAAUUACAGGGAGCAGGAUAGCGAUGGCGAGCGGGACACACGGAGAACUCGUCAGCGGGGGGGCCGGGGCGAUGCUGGGGGGGCGAGCAGCGACGAGGACCGGUCCAGCCAGCAGCGACAUUCCAAGAGACAGAAACGCUCAUGAAGACCAGGAUGAUUUUUUUUUUUGGUCGUCUCUCUCUUGCUUAAAAAUUUCUGUCCCGCUCUUCUGAAAAUGAUCAAGACCCCUCCAUCACCCCCUCCUCACAGCCAGCGGGACUUAAUCCUCAGAAGGACUUUUUUUGUGUUACUAAAUUUCUGUUCAUAUUUUGAAAAACGACAAAAGAAAACUGAUUUAUAUUUGUACCAAGUUUAAUUUUUUUUUUUUUUCUAGCCAAGAAAAAUGAGACAUUUGAGAUAAUGGAUGGGUCCUCAUAGCUCUUAAGACUCUUUGAUUUGAAUUUCAGUUCCACUUUGACAACCUCACACGUGUGUAAUUUUUGACUUAAAAUGUUGUCCCGUGAACUGCUUUAUUUUUUACAUUUGCGCUCUCCUAACACCAGUACAGUGUAAUCAGAGGUCUGUCUUCACUCUUGACACACAAAGUCCAGCCAUCACUUGUGUCUAGCUGUAAAGUGUUUGUUCCACCCACAUCUCUGUUGCAAGUCAUGGUGUUUUCACUGACUUGAAGUACUUUGUGUUAAAAAGAUGGUGUCCAUGUAGCCAAAAUCUUUCUUGGCUUAAAAACAGCGCUGAUAGCUGAUAUUAAAUGUUCCCAUCACCUGUAAAUCCCUCUACUAUAAGCAUCUUGACACCAACAUUAUCUUUAGUCAAAUGCAAGUCUAUAGACACACAUGGUAGGAUUUUUACUAGUUAGUAUACUUAUUUUUUUAUUUUUCCUGCCCAGGUGCAGAUUUAUUGUCAAAAGCUGGGUUCAGACUGCAUGUCACACAUGUAGUUGCAUCACUUUAGUGCUAAAAACACAAUCUUCAACUCAGCUCUUAGUGCCAAGAUGUUUUCAAAAACAGGGACCUGACUUGGAAUCUCAUCCUUGGCGUGUGGAGCUGACCAGCCUUUCCUCCUCUGUAGUGCCCUGCCACUCUAAAAGAACCUGUACCUCAGUGCUCCGUCAGUUUGCACUCCGCUCGUGCAAAGUGCACCUAUUAUGCCAGCAGCUGCAGGACCAGACUUUAUUGAAAUUAUGUGCAUAAACCUUUUGUAAACCGUGUUCCAAACAACAACAAAUGUGACGUUUGUUAAGAAAAUGGGCAUUUUUGAAUAUUUUUUUUUUUUUUUUUUUUUUUUUUUGCACAUUUUAUUUGGUAUUGUAAAUGAUAACUUGUUGAUCUUAAUCAUAUCCAACAAAUGGCGAGGUUUAACCAGGGCUCGCCUAGUCAAUGCAGAGAACAUGUCAGCAGUUGGUUCACUUUUCAUUGUCACUUGUACAUUUUGUAACAAACACCUGCAGUCACUCUUUUAAAAAAGGAUUUGCGUGGGUGAAACGGCUCCUAAGAUGCGAAAUUUAAGGUUUCCCCUGCAUGUCCUGGUUCAGUCACCAGGCGGUGCUCCACUCCUGCUCUCGGAGUACUUUUUUUUUUUUUUUUUUUUUUGUCCCAUCUGUUUCCUAAUAAUUCAUUGACAGUGCUGUUAGCUGGACUGCUGUAACUCACUGCAUUGUGGGCUCAUUGGUCAUCAAAGGAUGGAGAGCUCCAUAGUGCUGGUGUAUUUUGGCUCUACAACUUGUUUUGGAAUACCUUCUACACCGACAACCUAACAAACCUUU